GAUAAUCCCCCCGGGUGCCACUCUCAAGUUCAACACCACUGUAUCGCUCGACUGGUGGUACAACAUCACUGUUAUUGCUGCCGACUUCUCUCGUUAAGUCCCUGUACUCUAAGUCUACCAUUGCAGAUGGCUGGCGCUUUCCGACAAUUGUUGUUGUCAGUCAACCGCAUCUGACACUUGGGUUGGAGGACUGGCAUUGUCUAGUCUUGCGUGGAGUCAGAACGGCUUGCUACCAUAUUCUCGUCAAGAUUUUCCGCAGAAAAAAGUGGCAAGGUCUGGCACGAAAACCCUGUGGUAGGAAUGAGAAGCCUAUCGUCCAAAUCCCUGCAAAAGGAACGAACGAAUGGCAGGGUUUGUUAGAGUAGCGGGAAGAAGUGUGACUAGGAAGAGGGGAAGGGAACAGAGCUUAUCUUUGACUUUUCAGAACUCUGAUCUUCACCAGUACCUCUAGCCAACUCUGAAAUCCAGGGUGCCCUGGACCUGGAACUCUGAUUUGCCAGGGUUUUGUGCCUUGUCAGAAAAAAAAACCCUGUCCGCCUAG